AUGUCUGCUCAAUCUCGGACCUCUGCUGCCGACCAGCCUCGCAAACCCAGCAGCGCGUCACCAUCUGCAAGUCCUCCGCGCACAUUGUCCAAAGCUGUCUCGAUCCCAUCCCAAAGACCAUCGAAUGAACACUUCGACACCGUCGUCACGAUUGAAGUCGGACCCGAGAAGAAGGUCUUUGUUGUUCACAAAGAGUUACUCUGCUUCUACUCUGACUACUUUCGUGCUCCUUUCGAUGGAUCGUUCAAGGAGGCGAUCGAGGGAAAGUUGACACUUCCUGACGAGAACAUCGACACUUUCUACCUCUUCGAUGGCUUCCUCUAUACCAACCAACUACGCAACCAAGAACGUGCAUCUGGCUCUAACAUCAGGUGUUAUAAUUUGUCUAGACUCUGGGUCUUUGGAGACAAGUAUCUGGUGCCUGCUCUCCAGAACAUGGCUAUGGAUUGCUUAGUCGAGAGACUUCACAUAGUCAAGAAGAGACUGGGCUCCGAACCAACUAUGAGCUUUAUCUACGAUAACACAGUGCAUGACUCGCCUUUAAGGAGGAUGGCAAUCGACUGGCAAGUCUACGGCAUCUGCGUCACGGAUAGAGAACAACUUUGUUCGUGGCCCCGCGAGGCUGUGGUCGAUCUCGCCAUGGCUCAGUCGACCAAGGAGACUAUGCACUACGCGGGCAAGCAAUUACCAGAAAGUGGCAAGUGUCACUAUCAUCUCCAUGCCGAAGGAGAAUUCUGCGAAGUCUGA